AUGCGCUGCGUGGCAGCCGUGCUUCUCCUGAGCGCUCUCGCAGCGCGUUCUGCAGCAGCCUCGGGCGACUGCGCUGAGGCAGAGUCUCCGUCGGGGCGCAGCUCGUCACUGGCGUUGCUGCAGCACCCGGGCUCGAAAGGCGCUGUGAGCAAGGCCGUCGGAGAAGAAGAAGAUCAGCGGUACACGCGCUUAGUGGAGAACAUGGAGAAGAUCCUGGCCCAAGUUUGGACUUCACAGCGGUCUGGGGGCUCCAAGCAAGCGCCUGGAGACCCGGACGAGUUCGAAGAGGGCCUGGGCGAGACGUCCCAAAAAUCCAGCAGCCUCCUCCAGGAAGGACCAGAAAGAAGGCGCCGCACCACAGACUGGCAGGCAUCAUCGGCUUGCAACAUCCUGAUCUUCCAAGACGUGGACUGGGCCAGGUCGAGCGGCUGGCGCUCGGACGCCGUCCGCAACGGCGAAUGCCAGGCAGUCGUGGACUAUCUCGACAACGGGGUCAGCUCCGGUGUCUUCAUGGCGUCCGCGGGCUGCAAACUCACCGCCUACGACGCAAGCGGAUGCUCAGGCACCAGCGUGGAGAUUGUCGACGCAAGAAACGAGUCCAGGGCCAAAGUACGCCUCCUCAAUGACUUCCCGGACACCAUUGGCUGGAACGACCAGAUCAGCUCCUUCCAGUGCGCAUGUUGA